AUGCCCUCACCAGACAACCGUAAAUCGGUCCUCAUAACUGGGCGAGUACCUAAAUCCCAGUCCGGAGGUAUUGGCCAUUCCCUCGCUCUUGAAUUCCAACGUAAUGGUUUGCGAGUGUUUGCAACUGCCAGGAAUAAAGAGGCACUCGCGGAUCUCGAAGAGAAGGGAGUUGAGGCCUUAGACCUAGUGGUGGACAAUGAGAAAAGCGUACUAUCAUGCUUUGAUGAAGUCAAGUCUAGGCUAGGCGAAGGGAAAGGGUUAGAUAUUCUAGUCAACAAUGCUGGUCGGAACUAUACGGUCCCAGCACUUGAUGUUAACAUGGAUGAAGUACGUCAGACGUUCGAAACCAACAUCAUAGGAGUGAUUCAUAUGUGCAAGGUGUUCACGCCACUCAUAAUUGAAGCCAAAGGAACCAUUGUACAGAUUGGAUCUGUCGCUGGGAUAAUACCCUAUGUUUUCGGUUCUGUGUACAAUGCAACGAAAGGUGCAUUGCAUUCAUACAGUGACACACUCAGAGUGGAACUGGAGCCGUUUGGUGUCAAAGUCGUCACUAUCAUAACUGGCGGCGUUCAGUCUCGGAUUGCACGUACACCACGUCAUUUGGUCCCAAACUCUCUCUAUCAUCCUAUUCGGUCCGAAUAUGAACGAAGAGUUGUGCAUAGCCAGGAUGGCGCCACGCCUAACGAGGCAUAUGCUCGUCGCGUAGUCACCCAGGUGCUUUAUGGGCCGGCUCCAUGGCGUUGGCUAUGGCCGUGGGGUGUAAGCCCAAGAAAAUGGGUUUGGGCUGGCAGCAAAGUUACUCCGAUUUAUAUGCUUUCUGGCGCGUUCUUUUGGUUUGGAAUAUUCAACUUUGUCCUCGGGCGUAUGUUCAACCUGAGAAAGUUGAAAUACUAG